AUGAAGAAGCUAUUCUUUUUCAGAUCGUCUGCAUCUAGUGGUGGGAGCAAUAACUCGGCUCCGCCUAAGUCGAAAAAUGAGCAAUUGUCUUGGGAGGUAUUUUCAGAUAGCGGAGUGAAUAAUCAAGCUCAUGGAAAAACUGAGGACAAGAAAUCUAGAAAGCAAGUUGCUGAUAGUCAAAGUUCAAGUAAUGGUCCAAAUCUUAGAAGGAGCAGGUCGAUGUCAUCAGCUUCGUUCCAGUUCAAGGAUCCAGCUAAAUCUCCUUCAAGAAGCAUUGUUGGUGAUCCAUAUCAUCAAUUUGAGCAUUCCUCGCGUUGCCAGAAUCAAAAUUCUGAAAAGCGGGACAAGCCAACGCAAUCUGUCCAAAAUUCCCAGGGAUGUGAGCAGCAUGCUAGUAGUUCUUCAAGAUCCCAUCACGAGUCAUCUGGGAACUCUACUUGUUCCAGCAACAUUUCAAGUAUGGUUGUGGAUCGUUACAUAGAUGGGGAGCAGCAGCUAGAGGAAAAUAGACCCAGGAACAGUUCACAGAGAAAAAACAGCAGACAGGGAAAUAAUUGCUCGAAGCUACCUCCAAAAGUUCAACAUACAACACCUAAUUCACCAACUAAUGGAGUCAAAGACCAACCAAGAGCUCAUUCAUUUAGAGAAGAUAGAGUUACCCGUCUUCGUUCCACAUCCCAAGAUUGGGCAGAAAAUGGGUAUGGACAUGAAUCUCCAAGAACUCUUGCAAAAAAUGUGAUUGAGAGACUUUCUCAAACUUGUGAUAUUUCUAAAAGGAGUUCAAAUAAUAUUUCUGUUGAUAAUCCAAUCACAAUUGAAGAUAUCUAUGCUAGAUCAGUGAAUGGACGCUAUGAAUCUGAUUUUCAUGAUGCUCCACCAAAAAUCUAUUCAUUCGAAGAACCAUAUAAAAUGUCCAAUGGAUAUCAUGGCAUGAAUGGUAAUUGUAAGGGUUUAACCUAUGAUGAACCUGAAGAAGAUCUUGACGCAGAGCUAAUGAGAAGAUCAAAGGAAGCUGAGGAGAGAGUUAUUCUUCUUUCAAAGAAAUUGGAGCAUGAAAACUUUUUCCCCGACUAUGGUUAUGACGCGACAACACUGAUUCAGACAAUCAGGAACCUGGUAGAGGAGAAAAUAAACUUGGCUCUAGAAGUUUCAACCCAUCUAAGGUCCCAAAUUGCUGACAGAGCAUCUGCCAAGGAAGAACUUAAAUGUGUAAAGACAGAACUGGAGCUUCGGAUUCAAAGGCUUGAAAAAGAAAAGAAUGAGAUGCAGUUAGCAUUGGAGAAGGAAUUGGAUAGGAGGUCAAGUGACUGGUCAUUUAAACUUGAGAAGUACCAAUUAGAAGAGCAAAGGCUUCGAGAACGAGUUAGAGAGCUUGCGGAGCAGAAUGUAUCACUUCAAAGGGAAGUUUCCUCUUUUAAUGAGAGGGAAACGGAAAGCCAAAGUAAAAUGGCACAUACUGACCAACAAGUCAAGAUGUUGACUGGUAUGGCAGAGAAAAUGAAAGGGGAGAAUCUGGGUUUGCAGCAAAACCUCUUUGAACUACAAGACAGAUGCAACAUAGCUGAGGAAAACAGGGACUGCCUUCGAAAAAAUUUUGAAGAGAAGGAGAGGGAGUGCAAAGAAUUGCAUAAGUGUGUAACAAGAUUACGAAGAACUUGCACUGAACAAGAGAAAUCAAUAAUAGGAUUACGAGAUGGGUUUAGUGAGGACUUUCAUAAGAACCAGUCUGUGGAGAGCAUUGAUAAGCAUAUCAAGAAAAUGCAAAUGGAGUUAAUAAGGUUAACAGGAAUAGAAUUGGCUUUGAGAAAAGAAUUGGAAUCUCACAAAUUUGAGGAAGAUUCCCUAAGGCAAGAAAAUAUAACUCUAUUAAACCGGUUGAAAGGUGAUGGGAAAGAAUGCAUUGCUGCUACUUAUAGAUUAGACAAAGAACUAUGUGCCCGUAUUUGCUGCCUUCAGAAUCAAGGCUUAGAAAUGCUAAAUACAAGCACAGACUUGUCUUCUAAGUUGAUGGAAUUCGUUAAAGCUAAAGGAGUAAUUGGAAAUGGUUUAGAUGGGCAAUUUAUUGUUGAAUCUGAAACUAAAAUUCAUGGACUCAAAAGCGGCAUUGAGGGUUUAACAAGGAAUUUGCAGAUGAUGCCUUCUUUGUUGAAAGAAAAAUCAAACCUAUUGACUUUUAAUCUCAAGUCAGAGUGUAUGGAUGAUGAUAUGUUAGCUAAACUGAAUGAUCAAUCAUCUGAGGAUAUUUUAAGAGUUGAGCUUAAAGCAGAACGCUUGGUAACAAGUUUAUUAAAAGAAAAACUGUUUUCUAAAGAACUCCAAGUCGAGCAAAUGCAAGCUGCACUUGCAACAGAAGAAAGGGGAAACGAUAUGCUUAGGUCUGAGGUGCAAAAUACGUAUGACAACCUUUCAAUGGUGUCUCAUGAGUUGAAGAAUCUUGAACUUCAGAUGUUGAAGAAAGAUGAGAGUAUGAACUGUCUUCAAAGUAAUUUUGACGAGUCUAGUGGGAAAUUAAUAAGCACGAGAGCAGAGUUGCAUAAAGCGGUGCAGGAGAAAGAACGGCUGUUGAAGGAAGUGGCGCAAUUUAAGGAGCAGAAUAUGCUGUUAAACUCAGAGCUUAAUGAGCAGAAGUUGAAAGUAUUGGCACUUGAUGAAGAUAUUCUUGUGAAGGAUGGUCAGAUAACAAUCUUGAAAGAUUCCAUAAACAGACCCCUUGAUGAUCUCAUUUGGGGUUCCUGA